GAAGUAGAGGAAGGUACUUUUGUCGGCCGGCGCAAGAAAAAAAAAACCAGAUCUCUUCUUCUUCUUCUUCUCCCUAAGUAAAAACCUUCUCCAGAUCAGUGUUUAUUAAGCACGACGGCGAACUUUGUUCUGUUUCUAAAAACAACAAAAAACACAGAAAGUUUCGAUUUUUAUUUUGGUGGCUAAGCAAAAGAAGAGAGAUGAUGGAGUAUGAGAAUGGGAAGAAGAGGAAAGUACGAAACAAACAACAACUAAAAGCACAGUUCUUGUCUCAGAGGUAUCUAAUCUUGUACUUUUGUUGUUUCUUCGUGUUGCUCUUCUUCUUAUCUUCCGACCGUAUCUCCACUACACUCUCUGUUCGCUCCGAUUCUCUGAGACCGUCUCUUCGUGUUCCUGCUCUCUCCGUUUUAUCGUCCAUGGAUUCGAUUCACCGUUCGUUUCACGGCGGUAGGUUCCCUCAGUUGAGGGUUGAUGACAGAGUUCAAUUCCCCGACCAUUUAUUGCUGAUUCUCUCGAGUAGGAUCGGGAGAGGUGAGAAGAACCUAGUUUGUGUGUAUCGUGGAGUAAAGGAAGAGACUUUGGUGUUGCCCUCGAUUUCUAGUGAUGAAUUCGAUGAGUUUAGAUCGAUUGUUCGGUGCCCUAAUGCUCCUUUGAACUACUCUUCGUCUGUUGAUUUGAAAUUCCGGGGAGAUUUCGUGAAGAAGAAGGAGCAGAGGCAGAGCCGUCGUGUUCAUAAUUGGGAAAAAAUUGGUUACGAGGCGGUGGUUGAUGGUGACACGGUGGUUGUGUUUGUUAAAGGAUUGACUCGAAGGCCUCACAAGGAAUCAGAUCCUUCUUACUACAAAUGUCAAUUUGAGAUUGGUGAUUCGGAUGAGAAAGAGGUAACUCAAGCUGUUGCUGCAGCGCAAGAAGUUGUGAGGUGUGUUUCGCCUGAGAGUUUGAAGCUAAAUCCAGAGGUGAUGUUUCGUGUGAGCGUAAUUCAUGUUGAUCCUAGGGGAAGAACUACGCCUGCUUUGCCUUCAGUUGCGAGACUCUACGGUUCUGAUUUGGUUGAGAAGAAGCAGAAGAGUGGGAUUAAGCAUGAGCUUUGUGUUUGUACAAUGCUGUGGAACCAAGCUCCGUUCUUGCGUGAAUGGAUCAUGUAUCACUCGUGGCUUGGUGUCGAGCGCUGGUUUAUAUAUGAUAACAACAGCGAUGAUGGGAUACAAGAUGAGAUUGAAUUGCUCAGUUCGGAGAAUUACAAUGUGAGUCGACAUGUGUGGCCUUGGAUUAAGACUCAAGAAGCCGGCUUCUCGCAUUGUGCGGUUAGAGCGAAAGAAGAAUGCAAUUGGGUCGGAUUCUUUGAUGUCGACGAGUUCUACUACUUCCCUACCCAUCGCUCUCAAGGGUUACCUAGCAAAAACGCUUUGAGGUCUCUUGUAUCGAACUACACUUCUUGGGAUCUUGUUGGAGAGAUCAGAACAGAAUGUCACAGUUACGGUCCAUCCGGUCUAACCUCGGUUCCAUCACAAGGCGUGACCGUAGGAUACACUUGCAGACAAGCGAACCCCGAGAGGCAUAAGUCGAUCAUCCGACCCGAGUUGCUCACAAGCUCAUUGCUCAACGAAGUACAUCAUUUUCAUUUGAAAGAAGGAAUCGGGCAUAUGAGUUUAGUGGAGAGCGUGGCGGUAGUGAACCAUUACAAGUACCAAGUUUGGGAGACUUUUAAAGCAAAGUUUUACAGAAGAGUGGCAACUUAUGUAGUGGACUGGCAAGAAAAUCAGAACCAAGGGUCUAAAGACCGAGCUCCGGGGCUCGGGACAGAGGCGAUUGAGCCGCCAGAUUGGAAACGAAGGUUCUGUGAAGUGUGGGAUACUGGAUUGAAGGAUUUGGUAUUGUCGAAUUUUGCUGAUCAAGUGACUGGCUAUUUGCCGUGGCAGAGACAACAACUACAGGAAUGACUGUUUUUUAGUUGGGUUUGGUUGGUUGGCUGCUGAGAUAACUUGAUUGUGUAUAUUUAUUUACAUUUGACAAAGGAGAUUACAUACAAAUUCUACUACUACAUUAAUAUUUCUUCUUUUGUUACUUCAUUUUUUUCUUCUUUUGGGUUGGUGGGUGAGAGAGUUCAAUGGCUUCUUCUAAUCUUUUGUUUUUUUUUUCAGAGUUUACCACAUAUGUAAAUUUUGGUAACACUGCAAUAUCCUUCUUUUUAUGGUUCGUUUAUGAAUUUACAAGUCUUUUCGAUC